AUGGCAGAUAAGCCGACGAUUCCAUUAGACUUUUCCACUAAGAAAAAGAAGAAGCUUAGGAAUUUCCUUCCCCCCGAACCGCCCCGACCCGAGGUGGCACCUGCGGCUGCAAAGUCCGUUGAGAACGUCGAAACCACGAAGGAGGCACCCAAGGCCAAACUUGGUGAUGCUGCCGCUGCCUCUACUGGUACACAGCCGGCAAAAAAGAAACCUGCAGCUGUUGGUUCAAUCACUGAGCAACUGGAUGAGCUCGCAUUCGGCGAAAAGAAGAAGAAAAAGAAGGGCGCUCUUCGACCCCUCAAUGAUUCUGAUCUCCAGCCUUCCAUGCCGACCGCCCAAGGCCUCUCCACCACCACCGUUGUUGCGUCCGCCCAAGGCGGUAUGGAAACGGAGGCACCAGCAAAGACUGCUACCGAAGGUGCAGCCCAAUCCGGCACUACCGGUUAUCCCUACGAUAUGCUACUGGCAAGAGUAUUUGCUCAAAUUCAGGCACACAAUCCAGAGCUCAUGUCUGACACGAAACGCCGGUUGGUGAUGGCACCACCUUGCAUGGCUCGAGUGGGCACUAAGAAGACCCACUUUACCAACUUUAAUGGCAUCUGUCGCUCGCUUAAUCGCGACCCGGCGCACCUCUCCGCGUACCUGUUUGCAGAGCUGGGUACCACGGGUUCGGUGGAUGCUAACGGAGCGCUAUUGAUUAGAGGAAAGUACCAGGCCAAGCAUAUUGAACCGGUGCUGCGGAAUUAUGCCCGUACCUACGUGCUAUGCAGCACCUGUCAAUCACCCGACACUGAAUUAUCCAGAGAUUCGCGACUCCUCUUCCUCCAAUGCAAAACGUGUCGAUCGCGAGUGACGGUGAAGAGUGUCACUUCGGGUUUCCAAGCCGUCACAGGAAAACGCGCUGCUAUUCGUGCAAAGACACAGUAG